GUAUUACGGCGUCGCGAAGCUGUAUCUACGAGUUUCUCGAUACUUUCGUCUCUGUAAGGCCAACGAACGUCCAGCCAGCUUGGUCGAAGCAAACAACAACCGAUGAUCCAUGGAGAGCUACGAGGACGACGACGACACCCACUUCUGCAUCAAGUGUCACCUGACGGUGCACGGUCUCGAGAACUACGUACGACACCGUCAGUCCGGAUGUCGGCAACCGGACGACAAGAACGUAGCGGUUCGCGUGUCGCCCACGACGCCUACCACCGUCACCUACCCCGAAAUACUGAACGCGGACGCGUUCUUCAGCUCGUUGGAGCUGCGGAGCAGCGCGAAGUCGAACCCACGGCGGUCUGCCGCUAUGCUGGAGGACAGCAGAAAGUUCAAGAAGGAAGAGAAAAGGAAGAAGAGUCAGAAGACGCAGGUGGACGGAGAAGAAUCCGCGGCGAAAGAGAAACUGCACAGCAUGCUGCCAGGUGUAUCCGAACUGGACGACCCGACCGACCCUCUCUGCAUCCCGUCUCUGGUCGGGUUCCCCGACAUCGUUCCUUCCACGUCCAGCAAGCCCGCGAGCAGUCGAAACAAAUUGAGCCAAACGAUGGCCCACGUCUCGACUAGCAUAGACGGCAACGCGUUCCCCGUUAAGCACGAGCCGGAAAAUUCUUUGGAGGGUCUGAUGACGUCCAACGAGUCCAAGCAGACGGACAGGAAGCGGCACGAGGAGACGCAGAGGAUCGAGCACGUUCACCAGACCUGGCUGGAGGACACGAUACUGGCCGAACUCGCAGCGAACAACGAGAAUAAAGACUUACCCAGAUACGAGUUCGAUUACCAGCAAGACGAGGACUCGGACGACGAUAUAUUGGAGGAGGAUUUGGAAGAGGACGAGUCCUAUACGGAGUCCGACGACGGGGAGGAUCGGAUAUGUCCACCAGAUGGACAUACCGGCGGCAAAUGGAAACCUGAAUUGGAGGAUCUUCCUCAAAAUAUGUCUCAACUUCACGACGACGACGUGGAGCCCGAAGACGAACAUCAAGAACAUCCGCCGCCGACUUACACGGGGGGAAAAUGGCGGCCGGCGGAGACUUCGCAAAAGAUCGAGGAGUACGAGUCGAAGAGCAACGUCGGCCAACCACCGCCAGGACACACGCGAGGGAAAUGGGUACCGGGCGCGCAAACGGAUAUCGAGUCAGGAUAUUGGUGCAGUCCUUGCGGCAGGAAGCUCGCCUCUCGAUUGGUCUACAACAGGCAUCUUCUCUCCGAUUUGCACGCCAGAAGGAGCAUCCGCGAAAUCGAUGGAGUUCUCUGCCUGCCGCGUGCCGCGAACCUGCACCUAGGAAAAAAGACGUCGACUCGCAAUCAAGGAAUGAAGGAAGCGCCCGAGGCAAAGGAAGCAAAGAAGGGUUUGCGUAGGAGAGAGAAGGAAAUCCUCUGUUGCGAGAUGUGCCAUACCCGCGUGAGAAGGACACAAAUGGGCAAGCAUUUGCUCUCUCAUUAUCACUGCCGCGUCGCGGGCGUAAAUCCUCGCGGGCCACGAGCGCGUCGCUUUUUACUGGAAAAUAUGGCGAAUGUGGUUCGGCAGUGCCCCUUCCAGUGUUCCUCGUGUCGCUUUUAUUGCAACACGGAGGAAUCGUUUCUACUUCAUUGGCGUUCCGAUCUUCACGCGAAGACUCUCCAAAAGAUCGCUGGCAGCUACAAGUGCACUCCUUGCGAGUUUUGGUGCGAGGACAACGACACGAUGGAUUCCCACUUGUCCAGUACGAGUCAUCGAGACGUGGUUGCGAUGAUGAAGGGUUCCGUGCCAGUGGUAAUCGGUCGUCAACGAGCGUUGCCCUGCGGCAGUUGCGAUCGCCGAUUCCGAUACAAUUUACAACUCCGGUUGCACGCUAGGGAAACCGGUCACCAGGAGAGUUCGACCGCCACGGACGCGUAUCAGCAGAGAAUCGAAUGCAAUCUGUGCCCCCAAACUUUUCGAUCUUUGGUGGCCCUUCAGCGUCACCAGUUGGCUUGUCACGCCGCGAAGAACAAGGACGAGACAAACGACUCGAAUCAGUCGGGUCCCUAUUUCUGCUCCUUUUGCUCGAUGAAUUUCGCAACGGCGCGGGAAGCCGUCCUGCAUCGACGAACGUCCAGUCACAAGGAAGUCGUGAAGGCUCGGAAGAGCAAAGAGAAGGGUCUGCCGACGAGCACGAUUCGGGAGUGCCCUCAUUGCGAGAAGAAGCAGGUGAAUUUGGUGGAGCACAAGGACCAUCUUCUUCGAUGUCAUCCCGAACUUUGUCACAGAUGUCCUAAAUGCGGGAUGCGGUUUGCCCUUUCGCAAGACGUGACGAGACACACGAGGGAGAACAACUGUCGCGAUAAUAACAAAUUAAAGGCGACGAAAACGGCAGCCGUCAAAGACGAAUGGAAAUGCCGCAGCUGUAGUUUCUCAACGGAUUCGCGGUCGGAAUUCAUCUUUCACAAGGCUCUUCACUCGGGGACCGUACGGGACGAUAACGACGAUUCUACCAGCGACGGGAAAUCGAAGCCGAAAUAUUCCUGUCCCAUUUGCAGGAGGACCUUCACGAAAGUAUCGUUGCGGAAUCACAUCACACGUCACACCGGCGAGCGUCCGUUUCCGUGUUCCAAAUGCUUCGUGUCUUUCAAGAGAAGAGCCGAGCUGAACGCCCAUCAGAAAGAGUGCACCGGCUCGGCCAGGUCGGCAUGGUUGGCCGAGUCUAACCGGAAACGCAGUUUCGUCUGUUCCGAGUGCAACAGCGCUUUCUACACGAAACACGCUCUGCGACAACACAUGCUGAGGCACGCCGGGAAGAAGUACAAGUGCGGACUUCCGGGGUGUCCGACGGUGCUUCGAACAGCCUCCGAAUUGAAAUCACACAGAAGCUUGGUGCACGACAGCUCUUCGUCCGAAAGACGGUUCCACUGUUCAGAUUGUUCUUAUGCGGCUAAAACGAAAACGCAAUUGCGCAGGCAUUGCGGACGCCACGACGACCAAGCGACCGCCAUGAAAUCGGGGCUGCGUGCCUGUCCCUAUUCCGGCUGCGCUUUUAAAACGAAAAUCGCCUCUCAUUUGCACCGGCACGUGCGCUUACACACGGGAACCAAGCCGUACAAGUGUCGGCAUUGUGAUUACGCGAGUAACAACCUGGAAAACCUCCGAAAGCACGUAAUCUGCACGGGUCUGCACCCAGGCAAGACCAUCUACGAGUGCGACGUGUGCCACGAAAAGAACCUGGACCCGUACCGGACGAAUUUCACGAAGGAGCUGCGGGCUCAUCUGCUGGAAAAUCACAGGGACGUUUUCCCGACGCCUGGCCACGCUAUCGAUUGGAUCCAGGGGAUCUUCCAGGCCGGCCGCGAUCAGUCGGUUUUCUUCGGCGAGGCCAGUUAACUGCGAGAUUGUUUCCUCGCGGUCCUCCCGUUCGCCUCGUAAUUCCGGCCGAGGAACGUCCACCCCGCGCCCCUCUCGGCGAGUGCAAAUUUACGGCGCGCGUCCGCGUUAAAAUUGUCGGAACGGCGACCAGGAAUCCAGCCGUGGAACCUGGUUCGCCCCGAAGAGUAACAACAUCUUUCGAAUAUUCCUCGGAUCGACGCGGAUGGUCGGUCGUGAGAGCGUUCUUGAAUUAUCCCCGAUGCAUCGAGCGGCCACGGCAUAGAGCACGGAUGGGGUUAGUCCUUGGAUCGUCGAUGGCGUCGGUGUUAGGGCCCCGCGUCCUUCGUGGUCGUGCGAACCGGUAGGCCUGUACUACGUCAGGAAAUAGUUAAGGUGAUGUACGGUCACGUGGCACGGUACGUACCUCGAAACGCGUAUACGAUCGAAUCUUUAUGCCCCAUGCACAACGCUAUGUUAUGGUAUCGUCGACGAAUCCACCUGCCGCUGGGUUCCACGACGCGCCAUGGGACGAUACCCUGAGGACUUGUCGGAGCCGCUCAGAGGUAGCGUUUCGCGUAUUUUCAUCAAUUUUGUAGCUGUGAUCUGGUAUCUACGAUUUAUGCGUUACUUUUUUUGUUUAUUACUCGUGGGUUCGGCUUUGUACAUCGACAAUUCACGUGGAAAGUAAACGUUUAUUUUUAUCUGUAGCUGAUCGUUAUGAUAUAAUUCUGUUUUGGUUUUUCUAACUACUAUCUCCGAAUUCACCAUCCAUUUUCUUUAACAUCCAACCCACCAGGAAAUUGAAAUUUGCCGAGCAAACACUAUUACGCAGACACGAAUGAAAAAUAAUAUUUGACCAUAAACUGUACGAAAGUCAAGGCAGCAAUAAACGUUACCAUAAUGUAUAUAAAAGUCCAGGUUGUGUACUUUAGGUCAUGCAACUCAUCAUUCGCGUUGCCGAACUGGAUAUAUGGUUCCAGGCUGU